UGAAGACAAAUAUGAGGCACAAAGAUGAACUCCUGAUCCUGGUCGGGCGAGAAACGGACAGUAAAAGGCUGGAAGAGUUCAGUUUUUAAUUAAAAAUUCAAAUAUAUCAAGACAUUUUGGUAUAUGUGACCAAUAUUAUUUUAUCUAUAAUAAUAAUACAGAUGUCUUAUCCUUGUCUUAUUUCGCCAAUAUCUAUACCUGAAACGCACGUCAAAGAUCAAGGGAAAAGUAGCUUUUGACUUCACAGCCAAUUUUCUCGCGUAGGUUAUUACGUGAUCACGCCGCAAGUCUUUAUAUAUAUGAUAAAUUUUAAGAAAGAAGGGUUUCAGUGAUUGUAGCUGGACGGAUGCUGUUAAGACGAGAUUUUCCUUCACAAGUAACCCUGAAGUAGAUAGAAACGACAGAAUGCUUGAGACAAACAAUUCAACAGAUGGUGAAAUACAGAUGAAAACUUAUCAAGAACUGGUAUGUUCGUCCUAUUUUAUAGGUGGUUUACAAAAACAAUCGAUUCAUCUCGCAGUGGUAAAUAUGAUACUCUCCCUCACAGCAUUUCUUGGAUAUUCUCUCAUCCUUGUUGCCCUUCACAAAGAAUCCUCCCUUCAUCCGCCAUCCAAACUCUUGUAUAGUUGUCUGGCAAUAACUGAUCUGUUGGUUGGUCUUAUUACCCAGCCUCUCUAUGCUAUUCAUCGGAUGUCCACGGCUUUCGAACACUGGAAUCUUUGUCGAUACACAGGGGGCGCCGUCAGCGUAACAAGCUAUGCAUUAUGUGGAGUAUCUUUCUUGACAAUGACGGCCAUAAGUGUGGAUAGACUUCUCGCUCUGCUGCUGGGGCUGAGCUAUAAACAAAUAGUAACUUUGAAGCGCUCAUAUAUUUUUUUAGCUGUCGUUUGGGUUUCAUCUGGUGCCGUUGCUUUAUGCUACAUUUUAGAUCACCCUAUAAGCUUAUGGUAUAUGUAUUUCAUGACACCAUCUUGUCUAGUGAUCUUACUCGUCUCGUACUCAAAGAUUUUUCGCACCCUCAGCCAUCAUCAGGCACAAGUACAAGAUAAUGUUCAACAACAGGCGAGCCAAACAAAUACACUAAACAUUGCGCGAUACAGAAAGGCGCUGCAUAGUGCACUGUGGGUUCUUUCAGCUUUAGUUGUUUGUUCUACCCCAAGUUACUUACUUGAAAUUGUGAAAAAUCGUAAGAAAACAUUUUCAUCAGAUUUAGUCGUCAUCAGAGAAAUAGCAUUAACCUUACUUUACUUCAACUCGACGUUAAAUCCGUUUCUUUACUGCUGGAAGAUUAGGGAAGUGAGACAAGCAGUGCAGCAGACAAUCAGACGGGUACUUUGUUGUCCAUGGAGUUAGAUCCCUCAUGAGUUAUACUCGUAUUAACUCUUUCAAAACUGAUUCCUAACGUCACAGCUGCUAAUACAUUAAAGAACGGUCGCCGGAAAUGUUGAACUAUGAAGAAAUGAAGAACAGGAAAUUGAAACACUGGCCAUGUCCUAAUAUAUUUCAUGCGAAGGCUCUUACUGGUAACAAAAAUACGACGUUAUAAUAAGACUAACAAUAACUUCAAUUUAAGUACCUCGUAUUAGAUAGAGGGUCUGAAUGGGAGGUCCAAUUGUCGGUUGUCGGUUAAAAAUUCAGUCACUUUGUCGGUAGUCGGUUAAAAUUUUCGAUCUUUGCCGGUAGUCGGUAGUAUUUUUCGUCCUUUGUCGCUAGUCGGUUAACCUCAAUCACACCCUUCUCUAGGUCACUUCCUUCAAUCAUAAUCCUCUUUGCCAAAAUUUCGUCCUCUCUCGCUUCUUCUCGUGAUUUUCGUUUUCUCCUCACUUCCCACUGGUCGCCUUUCUUUUCGGAAGUGUUCAUCAACUUCUGCUUGCUCGCAGAUGUAUCACCUGCAUCCGGCGCAUUAAGCAGCACGACGGGUUGAGCGGUCCAGUUUGUAACUUCUUGGAUAAUGUGCACUAAAAUGUGAAAUGGGGCCUAUUUUAAGUACUCUCGUUAGCAGAUCUUAGCAGGCUCAGGUGACGUUAAGCGCUAUCUCUAAAUAUAUCCCUUAACCCACAGAGAAAAGCUGCAAAAGUUAAUUGCUCAUCUCGAUGUAACACGCCAUACAUCACUGAAGGUGGUUCAAAAAGUUGGACACGUAAGAUUGAAGAAAUUUUCCUUUACUAAAUUCUACAGAAAACUGAGUAGUUUGACGCCAGGUUAUCCAAAAGUUUAUUUUAAGCUGUUUAUAUCUGCUCAUUUUCUAUUUAGAUAAAUUCUCAACUUCAAUCUGCCCGGUGCCAUUAACGCGACUGUUAACCUGAAGCCGCAAUAAUCAAUAGAAUAUGCCAUCAUUUGCUUUAAAUUAUAAAUGCGAUAAACGACAGAUUGUCAACCUAGAAAACUUUUGUAUUUUAACAAUCGAAGUCAAAUACAUCGAUUUGCAGGCUAAACGGUUAUUGCU